UACAAUGCUGUAACUAUUCCUUUUCUUUAUUUCUUCAGCUGAGCCGAGCCGGAGAUUAACCUAUUCUAGCUUUAAUUUGUUUGUAUUUAGGAUUAGGAUCAGUCCUUAAACUCUCGCGGUGAAGCCGAUUGGUCAUUUGUAGCCGCCGCCGCCGAUACCCUAAGUGCUUUCCUCAGGCUCAGAAUUUUUGUUUUCUCUCUCCGUUUGUAUAUUUUAUUUCUCUCUCUAAUUCAGUCUUCGACUUUUUUAAAAACUUCUCAUUUGGUUCGCUUUCUCUUGACUUUUCCCUCACUUUCUUGCUCUCCAAACAGGAAGCUAGCGAUUAUUUUGGGGGUUAAUGGAUCCUGAUAUCGUCGAAAUCUCUCCGCCGCCGGCGUCGGGUUCUCAGCCUCCUCGAAUGCGUAAACAUAAAGAGAUUGUUAUGCAUGAUGUGAUUGAAAUCGAUGAGGACGAUCCUGCCGGACUCUCAUUUCUUGAUAAGGCUGCUGAUAAAAGUAACAAAGGGAAGGCAGUAAAAGUUGAUUCUGAUGGAUACAGUGAUUAUCAAACCAAGGAAGCUAUGGUUAAUUUUUUUGGACCCUCUGGUGUUGAAGCACUUGGAACACUGGAUGGGGUUGAAUCUUCUAAGAGUUUUGACCCAUCAAACAUAAUUGACCUUGAUGGCCACAGUUCCGAGGGAUCUUGUGUUGAUGAUAAAAAUGAUGAUGAUGUUGAUGAUGACGAUGACUAUAUCGGUUUACUUCAGGAUGAAUUUAUGGAUGUUGAUCAAUAUUCCAUGUUGCAAGCCCACUUUGAUAGUGUUGAUAUUCCUCCCGGAAUAGAAGCACCAAUCCCUUUUUUUUUGGAUAAUAGUUAUGGUGGAAGUAGUAUGGCUCAUAGCCCAAUGCAAUCAUUUAAUGUUGAUCUCCACGGAAUCAACAAAUCUUCGUCUUCUUGGUCACCAAAUUUUGGUCAGAUUAACAAUAAUUCAACCUCUGUAAGUAAUCCAAGCUUUCAGAUUCCAUUCGAUUCUGUAAUUCAGUAUUCUGGAAUGGAUCUAUCAUCCAAUAAGUUUGCUUCUCAAGUUGCUCAAAGUAAGAAGGCAGUAGCUAAUUUGCAACUUAGAGGAGCUGCUUCCAGUCCCCCGCAUGGAGUACUAUCCAAAACUCGGAAUCGGAAAUCUUUUCAGUUGAAAAAGAAGCAACUUAUCAUAAAUAGUUCAACUAACUAUGAUCCAGUAAAUCAAUUGGACACAAUGAAGCUUCCUAUCGCAGCUGAGCCAUUAUUUUGGGAUCCUAUCAUACCCGAAAGUAUGAAGAAAAAAUUUGGUACAAGUAGUGAUAGUUCAAGUUUUUCUGUUCCUGCGAACAUGCCACAGCAUCCUUUUGGAUUUAAAUCUCAUCUUUCGUGGUCAAAUGGGUCUAUAAAAACUUUUAAGCCUUUAGUUGCUCAUUCAGAUUUUUAUGAUCCGUUGGGUUCUGUAUUGGAUUCUGAAGACAUGGCCAAUCCUCUGUGGUUUGACAAUCUUCAUUCUCCUGUGAGUAGUGAAGCUGCAGUAGGUAGUUCAACAAACAAUGUUCAAGCAACCCAUAGCUUGGAUAGAGAUGAAAUUCUUAGAAAGUACCAACUUUUCAAACAAUUCGAUACUGUUGAAGGUCAUACAGACCAUUUCUAUGUUAAGGAUAAUUCUUCAUUGAAGCUGUCAUCAAAGAAUUGGGCGAAGCGCAUUCAGGAGGAGUGGAAGAUUUUGGAGAAGGAUUUGCCUGAUACUAUAUUUGUUAGGGUUUAUGAGAGUAGAAUGGAUCUUUUGAGAGCUGUUAUCAUUGGAGCAGAAGGCACUCCAUACCAUGAUGGUCUGUUCUUCUUUGAUGUCUUCUUUCCUGGCAAUUAUCCUAAUGUACCCCCGCAUGUCUAUUACCAUUCUGGUGGCCUUCGUCUAAAUCCAAAUUUGUAUAAUACUGGAAAAGUAUGCCUCAGUCUACUCAACACCUGGUCUGGCAACAAGAAUGAGAAAUGGAUCCCAGGUACAUCAACGAUGCUUCAGGUUCUGGUCUCCAUACAGGGGCUGAUCUUGAAUACAAAACCUUAUUUUAAUGAGCCUGGCUAUGCUCCAAUGAGUGGGUCAGAAAAUGGUGAAAAGAGGUCCCUCCAGUAUAAUGAAAGUACAUUUAUCCUCUCCUUGAAGACGAUGAUGUAUACAAUUAGGAGACCCCCAAAGCAUUUUGAAGAUUUUGUGAUGGGGCAUUUCUGCAGCCGUGCUCAUGAUAUUCUGGUUGCGUGCAAAGCUUACAUGGAUGGUGCUCAAGUUGGAUGUCUGGUCAGAGGUGGGGUUCAGGAUGUGGAUGAGGGUGAUAAGAGCUGCUCAAAACAAUUCAAGAAUUCCUUGCCUGCAUACGUGAAUAACCUUGUCAAGCAAUUUUCUCAACUUGGAGCUAAUGACUGUGAGAAAUUUCUAGUAACGGAUGGGAAUGGAAAUGAGAAUGGAAAUAAUGGAAAUGGGAAUGAGAAUGGGCAUGAGAAUGGGAAUAAAAAUGCAAAGGUGAAGGUGAAGACAAAGGUGAAGAAGGUGAAGGUGAAGGUGAAUUUGAAUUCAAAUGUGAAUGCAAAUGGCAGCAUUGCACAUGCUUCUGCUCCAUGAAUGGCUUUGAUUAUGAUAACAUUUUAUUUUGUUAACAUAAAGCAUUUUACUUCUGAGGAAGAAAAUGCAACUUAGGCGUCUUUCAAUUAAAAUUAGUUUAUACUUAAUUUAUAGAGUACAUUUUAUGUACACCCAUUCUGUAUGGACACAUUUGUAUAUAAAAUCAAAAUGCGGAUGGGUGUACUGGGUUCAAGGCGCUCUUCAAGAAGUGAGACUUCGGUGGUAAUUUUUUUGAAGCAAAAAAUGCUGGUAAUUUUAAAGUAGGUCAACUGAAUUGUAUAGCUAAAGUUAGUGCUGUUGACUGGUUUGAGACAUUUGGUACCUGAAUUUUUUUUCAAGUGAAAUCGAAAUUAUCGACCGAGUUAA